AUGGGCUGGGGCGGCUGUGGUAAGGAUUGGGGCGCCGCAGGCGGUCAGGACUGGGGCUGCGGUGGACAGGACUGGGGCGCUGGGGCAGCGGCUGGUGGCUUCGGCGUUUGGCAGCCCAUGUUCAAUCCCAUGAUGAUGAUGAAGGGCUUCGGCAAGACGGGCCUGCGCAACUUCCAGAACGAUCGCAAGGUCUUCGUGGGAGGCAUGCCGCCAAACAACACCAGCAAAGAGAUCAACAUGAAAUUGAAGGAGCACAUGUCCACCGCAGGCGUCACAUGCCUCUACGCAGAGAUUGGCAGGAGUGGCACAGGAGGAGCUGCGUACAAGUCCAACAGUGAAGCCAUGACCGCCUGCGCCGCCUUGAACGGCUCCCAGUUCGAGGGCGACUGGGGCUGCGGUGGACAGGACUGGGGCGCUGGGGCAGCGGCUGGUGGCUUCGGCGCAGCCUGCGGAGGGUGUGGCAAGGGCUAUGGUGGUGGCUAUAGCGGUGAUGGUGGCUGUGGCAAGGGCAUGGGAAAGGCCAUGGGUGGCAUGGGAAUGGGCAUGGGCAAGGGCAUGGGUAUGGGCAAAGGAGCAGGAUGCGGCAGCAACUGGGGCGGCUGUGGCGUUUGGCAGCCCAUGUUCAAUCCCAUGAUGAUGAUGAAGGGCUUCGGCAAGACGGGCCUGCGCAACUUCCAGAACGAUCGCAAGGUCUUCGUCGGAGGCAUGCCGCCAAACAACACCAGCAAGGAGAUCAACAUGAAAUUGAAGGAGCACAUGUCCACCGCCGGCGUCACAUGCCUCUACGCAGAGAUUGGCAGGAGUGGCACCGGAGGAGCUGCCUACAAGUCCAACAGUGAAGCCAUGACCGCCUGCGCCGCCUUGAACGGCUCCCAGUUCGAGGGCGUCACGUUGCAGGUGGAGAUGUGGGGCCGAAAGGCAUGA